UGAAGAAGGGCAUCAAUAAAGUCGCAUCUUUAUCAUACAAGAAAAUUCCGAAUUAAAAAAAAAUAAUGACAGGAAUCUACAAUUUUCUGUGUAUACUUGUAAUUACGAUGUUUACUAUCGUAAUCGCAACAGAUUACUGCAACAUGAAAUCAUGCAAGAAAGGAAGUCAUACUAUGUGCAAAUACUCCUCAAAACCAGCAAAAGAAUGCGGACAAAUAAAACUUACUGGCCUUACUAAGGCUGAGAAGAAGGCUAUAGUAGAUAAACACAAUGAACUGAGACGGUACGUUGCAUCGGGUAAAGAAACGAGAGGAAAACCAGGUCCGCAACCAAAGGCGGUUAGCAUGACAAACUUGACUUGGGAUGAAGAACUAGAAAAAAUUAGCCAAAGAUGGGUUAAUCAAUGCAUAUUCGGUCAUGACGAGUGCAGACAUGUAGAUAGAUUUAUAGUUGGUCAGAACAUGGCCCAGGCAUCCUCUUCGGGAAAAAACACAGCCACUGUAGACUAUUUGGUCUCAUUAUGGUACAAUGAAGUAAAGGAUUUUAAUAAUACUAAAAUUAAUAAAUAUGAAUUCGAACCAAAGACAGGUCACUAUACCCAACUGGUCUGGGCUAACUCAAAAAUAAUUGGUUGUGGAAAAAUAGAAUAUGAAGAUCCAACGAAAUGGAAUAAGAUAACUCUAUGUUGCAAUUAUGGUCCACAUGGAAAUAUGAUCGGUCAAAAAAUGUAUGAAAUUAAAAAAUAAAUCCAAUUGAUGGAUUAAAGAUACAAUAAAAGAAUAGCGAUAUAUGAAAAAAAUAGGA